AUGGUAGCAUCUAAGGGACAAACGCUUUUGAUUCUCCAAGCUUUCAAAUUCUUCUGGCUUCACUCCCUCCUAAUUUCGGCCUCCACGUGUCACGCGGUGAUCCACUCUGGAGCGCUAAACGCGGAUCGUCCAGCUGUCGCUGGUGGAGGGGCAACGGCCGCGAGGAUUGCGGAUGCAGCGGGUCUACCUGUCGCGGGAGCGAGUAGGAGAAUUCUAUGCGAUGACAACUCCACUGACGGUAACAAGCGUGACAGCACGAAGAACACUCCCGUCACUAUUGCGUCCCAGCCCGAUGGCGGCUCGAAUCGAACAUCAGCGUUCACCGGCAGCGCUGCGGUUCGGAACAGCAAGGACGAAAAGGGAAAUCAGGUAGUAGCAGGGGCGAAGAAAAGCUCGAGCGCACGAGCUGAGGGCGAGGGGGAGAACGUGGGGUAUGACACUGAUGCUGGGAAGAGUAUCAAGCGCGAGCGUCAUGACAGCAGUCAGAGUGACGGGCGCGAGGAGCGGAAGGAGAAGGAGGAAAGGGAAGAGAAUAACGAGAAGAAGGAUGGAAACGAGAGCGAAAAAAAGGAAACGAGAGGAAGGAGCGACAACGGGAACACACAUGAGCAAAGUAACCGAGAACGCAAGGAGGCCGGCAAAGUUGGGAACGCAACAAAGGGAGGAGGGAAUGGGGACGAGAGUAAAACCAGGGAACGUUCCGACGGCGGCGAUUCGUCGAGGGUGAGAGAAGAUCACACGAAGUGUAACGACUCGAGUGGUAACUCUUCCGAGGAGGAAUCGUCGGCUAACCGCAGCAGCGGAAGCGGGACAGAUGUGUCGCUCGCGGAUCGGCUGGGCGGCUGGAGUGGCGGGGCGGGCGGCAAUGAGAAACUGCCGUCGUCGCUCGCUGCGCUACUAGCUGACACGCUUAUUAGACUGACCGCGAGUGCUCGAAUCCGAAUCGACGGCCAAGGUCUGGACCUCGGACGCCGGGCCGGACGGCAAGGCUCGUCACCCAAACCUAUUUCUACGGCUGGGCACAGCCCAGCUCGGAGCAGCGAACAAGUUCUCGCGAAUCCGCUGAUGGCGGUGAAUUUGUUCGUGUUCAACAAGCCGAUCGAAAUCUCAGCAGUCCAUUCGUUCGUGAACAAGGGCAGCGUGUCGCUGCAGACGCAGCUUGCACUGACGACGGCGCUAGCGCGAGACAACGCCACGGUGACGCAGGACCACCCGCAAUUUCAGGAGAGCGGGUUGGGGAACUCCCAGGCGCCUAACAUGACGGUUCUAAACAAAAACGCGACGACAGGAGAUUCAACGGCGUCGCUGGGAAGUGGUGGUGAUGGUGGCCCGCCGUUACCUGCGGCGGCACCUUUGGCGCCAUCUGCGGUUGCUGCUACCCGGGGUGACGCAAUCACUGGGGAUUCUCAGGGUGGUGCGAUCGGCGCAGCACCUCUUGGUGCUCAACGGCAUGUAGCAAGCAGUGCAGCACUGGGUGCUGCAAGUGAGCACCGAGAGCUCGCUGAGGCCCACGAGCUCUUGGGCGACCCGCCUGAGGUCCACGCUGGCAGCAGCCCAGUCCACGUAAGCAGCAGCCCAGUCCACGUCAACAGGGGCAACCGGAGGAAGCUAGCGGUGGUGGCAGCGGUGGAUGAGGAGACGCGGAGGGGCAUGGAGGCAUGGAUGCAGGACGAGGUGAAACGCGCUGUGAGCCGUGGUUUGAAGCAGCUCCAACAGAAGCUUCUAGAAGACGUGGACAAGCUAGUGCGCAAGCUGCAGCAAGGAAGCCAUUGCGGAGGGAAGAAGAGAAGCGGCUCAAGAGGGAAAGGGGGCAGUCACUGCAAAAAAAGGUCCAAGUGUGGGAAAUCCCACAAGAGCAAGAAAUCGAAGGAGCACUACAGUGAUUCUUCGCUAUGGAAGCCUUCGUUACUGGCACACAAGCCGUUUCCCAGCAGCAUCAACAUACGGUCGUACGUGUUCCAAGGCCCGGUGGAAAUCUCGGGAAUCCGGGAGCUAAACAACAGCGGGACGAUCACCAGGCAGACCCAGAUUGCAAUCACCAAAGCAACGGCUAAGGACAACGGUACAGUGAGUCAGAACGAGCCACAGUCACAGAGGAGUGCACAUGGUGCUGCUGGUAUGGAGGGUGGCAGUAUGGGGAGCGGCGGCGGCGGCGGUAGCCAGUCAGAGGAGAGGGUGACUUAUGGGAAGCAUGGUGAUGAGAAGAGUCAUUACCAGGGUCAGCAUGGUGAGGGGAGUGGUGGAGGAGAGAAGCAUGGGAAAAUUGGGGAGGUUAAGGAGAUUGUGGGAGAGGUGAAGAAACAUGGGGUGGUUGGUGCUGUGGGAGGAGCUGGUGUUGAUGAUGGGAGGUGGUAA